AUGAAAAACACUAGAAAGAACACCCAAAUUGAUGACGAGGAUACACUCGAGGAAACAUAUCAAAGAAUAAUUGCUGAAAAUAGAAGAGAAUCUUCAAGAAUGAGCAAUUUAAGAGAAGAUGAAAUGGAGAUAAAUUCCAGAAGCAAUACGGAAUUACCAUUAGAAGAAAUAGCAAAUACUGAUGCUACUUCACAAUUCAACACUAAUUAUGAUGAAAUUAGGAAAGAAAACGAUGAAAGAUUGAGCAGAUUAGAAAAUCAAUUAGAAAUGGUUAUUGCUCAACUAUCUAAUUUAACGGAUUAUCAUAAAAACACUUUAAAUAAAGAUAAAGAAAAGAGCAAUGAAUCUCUCAAUAUAAUGAAUAGAAAAAUAGAGAAAAGAAAUAAUUCUUUAUCAAAAGAACAAACAAUAGUCAUACAAAAUUUCUCUGCCCUUAAGAAAUUUGAUGAAAAACAAUCAUUUGCUACGUGGUAUCAAACAUUUGAUAGUUAUUGCAAAGUUAAUAGAAUACCAGAAGAUUUAUUAAAAGAUCAUUUAUUAUUAAAUGUAGAAGGAAGAGUAGCAAAAAUAGUUGCUGAAGCUAAAGAAUAUACAACAUUCAAUAAUUUAAUUGAAUUCCUUAAAGAUAAAUUUACGGGAAAAUGCUCAAUAUUAGAAGCUGAAUUAAAUAUUGAAAAGAUAAAGAAUAUGCCAUUAAAUAAAUCUAAUAUUGAUCAAAUCAGCGCCUUGAUUGAUCAAAAUAUUAGAACUUUAUAUAAUACAUUGGAUGAAGAACGAAUAUUCUUCGAAAAUAAAAAUCUCCUAAGACAAUUACUUCCAAAUGAAAUAAAAUUACUUAUGAGAAAUGAAACAACUAAAGAUUGGAGUUAUUAUGUAGCUAGUGUAAAAGAAUGCAUGGAGUUAUCUUCUAUGAUCAAAAGGAAUAAUACACAAAGCUCCAAGUACGAUAAAAAGAAGGAUAUCAAAUGUAAUAGAUGUAAUUAUAGAGGACAUAUUGAAAAAGAAUGUAAAAGUAAAACAAAAUGGGAUCCUAAUUCUAAAACAAGGAUAAAUUUAUUAAAUAAAGAAAAAGAUGAUUCUUCCAAUAUAUUACAUAAAGAAAUAUUAAUAAAUGGAAAAAUAAAAGCAAAAGCAGCACUUGAUACUUGUUCAGAAAUUUCUAUUUUAAGUAAUAAGUUAGCCAAACAAUUAUCAAUCUCUAAGACAAGAGAUAAAAUUAUAAUUGAAGGCAUUGAAAAUAAAACAAUUGGAAAUUGGGGAGAUAGAUCAAUUUCAAUAAAAAUAGAUGAUGAAGAGAUUAAAUUAGAUAAAAUCUUAAUAAAAGAUCUACCUAAAGAAACUCAAUGUGAUAUUUUACUUGGAUUAGAUGCAUUGUCUAAAUAUAAUAAAUACAUUGAUUUAAAGAAAAAGAAAAUUCUUAAUAUCGAGGAGAUAAUUAAAGAAUACGAAGAAAAAAUUAAAUUACCUUCAUAUAAAUCUUAUUGUACAAUUAUAAAAGAUACAUUUAAGGAAAGUUGGCUGAAGAAUUUAAAUAAUUUAGAAGAAGCCGAGAAAAACUUUCAGGAAAAAUAUGAUUUAAAAAUGGAUAGAUAUAAUCCUUCAUUAAUGUCAGGAAGACAAGAAUAUAAUUAUAAUAAAGAACUUAAGAAAUUCAAAUUUUAUAAAGUUCCUCAAAAUUUAUUGCCAAUGGCAAAUCAAAUAAUUGAAACAUACUUGAAAAACAAUAUGAUUCAAGUAGAAAAACAUCCUGAUUUUGUACACCCUAUUUUAUUAUUAAGAAAACCUACAAUUCAAGGAAUAAAUAAAGAGAAACUUGAAAAUAAUUAUAGAAUGGUAUGUGACUUAAGACUGAUUAAUUCAAUUACAAUUAGACAAUCGGGAGCUAAUUUAAAUACAGUUGAAGAAUUCAAAAGAAUAAAAGGAGGAGAAAAUAUUUUAUAUAGUUUAAUAGACCUCAGUAAUGCAUAUCAACAAAUACUGAUACCAGAGGAAAUGAGAUCCAAAUAUUCAUUUAGUGCGGAUGGAAUAAAUAUUUAUUCUUAUAAAACAUUACCACAAGGAGCUACAAAUUCAGCAUUUCAAUUUUCAUUAGUAACAAGUGAAUUAUUAAAGAAAUAUAAGAAUGAUGGUCAAGUAAUACAACAUAUCGACGAUUUCUUAGUAAUAACUUCAUUACCAAAAGAAAAAUCUGAAGUAGAAGCUAUAAGAAAACAUGCUGAAGUACUUAACGAAAUAUUGGAAAUAUUUCAGAAGAAUAAUUUAUAUUUUAAUAUUUACAAGUCCAAACUAUUUAGAAAAGAAUUAAAUUAUUUAGCAUAUACUUUAAACCAAAAAGGAUAUACACCUUCUUUAAAAAGUAUUUCUAAUUUAAUAAAACAAAUACCUAAGACUAAGAAAGAAUUACAAAGAUUCUUAUUUGGAACUCAAUAUUUUAAACAAACAUUACCUACAUUUACUGUAAAUGCAGAACGUCUUUUUGCUAAAUUAGGUAAAAAAAAAACAUCAUUUUAUAUGGAUGAAGAAGAUAAAAAGAAUUAUUUAAAUAUAGUUAAUGAACUUUUAUCAUCACCUACACUUGGAUAUCCUAGAAAUAAUUGGAAAUUUAUUCUAAAAACUGAUGCAAGCGAUUUAGCUAUAGGAGCUUCAUUAAUUCAAGUAAAUCCGAAUGAUGAAAAGGAUAAAAUAUUAAUUGGAUUAGUUAGCGAGAAAUUAAAAAGAACUCAAAGAAAAAGACAUAGUAGUUAUCUAGAAAUGAAAGCAAUUUGCAUAGCUCUCAAUAGAUUUUCAUAUUUAUUAAAAGGAAAUGAAAUAACUAUAGAAACUGAUCAUAAACCAAUUCAAUAUAUUCAAAAUAAUAGUAUGAAUGAUAGAUAUAUGGAAUUAAUAAACUUCAUAAAUUGUUAUCCAGCUACAAUCAUUAUUAAAUACAUAAAAGGAAAAGAUAACAAAUUUCCUGAUUAUUUAUCAAGAUUAAUAGAUCAUGCCAUAGAAAAUGAAGAAAAGAAAGUAUAUGAGACAGAAAAUAAAAUAAUAUUUUCACCAAAUUAUUUAGAAAGAGAUGAAAAGGAAAUACAAAUUAAUAAAAUUAAUUUAAAUACCAUAUUAGAAAGAAAUGAUAAAAGUAAACUUUUAUCAAAAAGAAAGGGUGAGAAGAUAGGUAAAAACCAGAAAAAUGUGGAAAAAUCCAUAAGAAGUAAUAUAAAAAGAAGAGGAAGACCAAAAGGAUCUUUAAAGAGAAAACCAGGAAGACCAAAAGGAUCUUUAAAGAAGAAACCAGGUAGACCAAAACGUUCACAAAAAGAAAGAAAAGUCCAGGAAGAAAUUAAAGAAAAUUUAGAUAAAAUUAUAAAUUCUUUAGAAGAAUAUUCAAUUGAAGAAAUAAUAAAACACCAAAAACAAGAUAAAGAAAUAACUCAAGAAUUUAUUCAAAAUAAUAAGUUACAAAAGUUAAAUAAUUGCUUAGGAAAAGUAGAUGAAGAAUAUCCUUUGAAAUUCAGACCAUAUGUUCCAGAAGCAAUAAUACCAAAGUUAGUAGAAUUAGUACAUGAAAAAGGACACUUUGGAUAUAUUAAAAUGUUAAGAAAUUUGAAUAUGAGAUAUUUUAGUAAAAAUUUUAGUAAAUAUGUUAAGGCAUAUACAGAAAAUUGUGAAACUUGUUUAUUAAGAAAUAAUUAUCCUAAAAUUAAAUAUGAAAGAACUUUAAAUGUUGCUUACCCAAAUCAAAUAUGGAGUUGCGAUUUAUCCGGAAAAUUUCAAUUCAAUGGAGAAGAAAAAGUGAUACUUAUAUGUGUGGAUACAUUUUCAAAAUUUAUAAUGGCUAAAGAAAUAGAAGGAGAUCCUACAGACAAGAAAAUAAUUAAAGCAAUAAGUGAAUUUAUAUAUUUAUAUUCAAAACCUACGAUUAUAGUUGUGGAUAAUGCCAAAUAUUUAAAUAGUAACGAAGCUAAAAGAUUCUUUGAAAUAUCACAGAUAAAAUUAAUAAGUGUCGCGCCUUAUACUCAUGGAAAUAGAAUUGCCGAAUUAUACCUGAAAUUAAUAGAAGAAACAUUUAGUAAAAUUAGACAAGAGAAAAAUGAAGAAAUUAAAUUCAAAGAUCUAUUAGGAAUGGCAACUUACUUUUUAAAUAAAGGAACACAAUCUAAUAAUUUCAACGCUUUUGAAAUAUUUAUGUUUAAAGAAAAUAAUUUAAGAAAUAUAGAAAACAUUAAUUUGGAGAAUUACAACUACGACAUUUCAAAAUAUGUAAUCCCAAUGAUGCAUAAGCAAGAAGAAUUAUACGCUGCAGUAUAUACUACAGACUUAUAUAGAAAAUUAUCCAAAAAGAAUCAAAUAUUUAAAUCAAAUGAAUUUAAAGUUGGAGAUUAUUUUAUUUUAAAGAAACAGAAUUCAGAUAAGUGGGAUAAAGCAAAUGAAAAAUUUAAAGUAUUAGCUACGGACAGUUUACAUUGUUACUUCAGAAACAAUGACCCUAAAUCACGUAAAUUAUAUAAAGUGAAUUGGACAGAUAUUCGGAAGGCUCCGAAAUCAGUCUGA